AUUUACAGCUGGUUGAUGAAUGUCCAAAACCAAGACUAGCUAUCGUCAGUCGCGGCUCAGCAGAAGACACAAGACAACAACAUGGAGGUGUUACGCCUCCUCGCAACCUUGUCAAUACUGCAAUGUGGUCUAGCAGUGAGUAAGGUGCUGGAGCUGAGUGACAGGUUCCUUGAGUUGCGAGGAGAGUCCACCUGGCUGGUCAUGUUUUAUGCUCCAUGGUGUGGCCAUUGUAAGAAGCUGGAGCCCAUCUGGAAUCAUGUGGCACAUGCUCUGUAUGGCUCAGAAAUCCGUGUUGGCCGUGUGGAUUGCACUCGCUUCACUGCUGUGGCCACUGAAUUCAUGGUGAAGGGAUUUCCCACCAUUAUGUUCAUCCAGGGGGACAUCCGUCAUAGCUUCACUGGGGAUCGCACCAAGGAUGACAUUGUAGGAUUUGCUGUAAGGAUGGCAGCACCUCCUGUCCAGCACCUGGCCAACCACCAUGAGCUACAGGCUCUCACAGAGCGUCCUGGCCAUCUUUUCUUCCUUUAUGCUGGCACUCAAGAUACUGUCUUAUGGGAUUUCUACAAAAGCUAUGCUGAAGAAAUGCGAGCCUUCCAUUACUUCUACAGUAUUGGGGCAGAUUGCAUGGCAGAGAAUUUUAAUCUUGAGUCAAACCCAGCAGUGAUGGUCUUCAAAGAUGAUAUGCAUAUCUUUUAUACAAUGCCAGAGGAAUGGGAAGUAGCAGAGAAUCAAACUGUGAUUAACGAAACAUUGGGGGAGUGGCUGAACCACGAGCGGUUCGUCACCUUCACCAAGAUUACACACGGCAACCUUGGCCAGCUGUGGAAGAUUAAGAAGUUUUUGGCAAUCACAGUUGUUAAGGAAAACAAGAUUGGCAGCAUCACCACAGAUGAAAAUACCCAGGACUAUGUUGAUGGUUACAAGUUCCGAGAUAUGGUGAAGGCUGUGAUCAUCAAUAAUCGUGACAAAUAUCACAAAUAUUUUCAGUUUGGAUGGACUGGGACUCCAGACCUGGCCAACAGCAUUGCAAUGGAAAGGUUGCCUUUGCCUUCUCUUAUAGUGGUGAAUGCCACCACCUUGCAUCACCACUUGCCUGAAGACCCACCUCAUCAUCUCACUCCACAAGCCAUCCAGAUCUUCCUAGAUUCCAUUAUUGCUUCUUCAGCUCCGGCCUAUGGGGGUGAUUCAUGGCCGGUGAGAGUAUACCGGAUGUACUACAAUGCACGCACUUCUCUUGAAGACAUGUGGCAGGGUAACCCAGUGCUGACAGCAGUCAUUUUUGGCCUUCCUCUUGGCUUUCUCUCUCUCAUCUGCUACUCCAUUUGGUGUUCAGACAUCCUUGAUGCUGAUGAAGAAGAAGAGCAUCAUGAGAAGAAGGAAUAAUGGGCUUGGAACAAGUUGUGGAUGUUACACUCCUCCUCAGAGAACCAUCUGCCUGUAAGAGUGAGGAUUGUUCCAGUAAUGUUCAUGACUGAUAGGAAAGUAAUCAAGUGAGCAUGGUUGAAAGAUUACUGGCUGCAGGUGUAGAUAGGGAGAAGUGCAUUCAUCUGAGAUGAAUUGUGUUCUGUCAUCCUUCAGUAUAUGUGGUAAAUGAGAGGAUUUUUUUAUUUAUUUAUUUUAUUUUAUUUUUAUUUUUUUUAUAUACAGACUAGUAAGAUAUUAGAUGUAUUAAAUAUUAACCGUGUAUGACAAAUUACAGACUGUAUUUAUUGUAGUCUUAUAUGUAUUAUAUUUACAUGACAAAUAUACUGUAUAUGUAGAAUUUGA